AACGGAAACGACACGCGACUGGCGUCGUUCGCGUCGCGUGAAUGAGUGGAUGAACCAACAACAACAACAUCAACAACAAAUCGAAGCAAAAGUCGGAGAAGAGCUUGGAUGUGUUGGAUGCGUGUGUAGUACAGUGUAAAUCAUGUUUAAGCGAAACCGAAUAUCGCAAAAGCCAAAGAUGAAAUCAACAGCAACAAGAAAUUGCCAGUCAUAAAAAAAGGGAAACCAAAGUGCUUCCAGCCAUAAACUUCCACAACUGUGGCAUCCACAAACCAAGGACGAACAGGAGCAGCAGCAGCAGUAGCUGUAGCAGCAGCACCAGCCAUGGCCUCUAGCAUCUCCCGGAACGGCGGCUUCUGCGGUGCACUGCAACGCGCACCACCGCCCAUGCCGCCGGGUCUAGCGCGACGACUUAGCAGCCGCGAAUGCUACGGCGUGGGGAAAGUGAAGGUUAUGCUGCGCGUCUCCGACAGAGCGCCGGACAAGGACUCCAACGGAGAGCCCGAAUUUAUGGCGCUGGACAAGAAGAAGCGCCAGGUGACGCUCACCGAUCCCCGUAAUGUGUGUCCGCCCCCGCAGGCUGCACAGGAGCGAGGACCCAUGGUGGCCGCACCCAAAAUGUUUGCAUUCGAUAAUCUCUUCACCGCAGAGGAUAAACAGUCGGAUGUGUGUGCAUCGGCCCUCAGCGAAGUAAUUCCCGCGGUACUGGAGGGUUCCGAUGGCUGCCUGCUGGCCAUGGGCUACCCCUCCACUGGACAGCAGCACACGGUGCUGGGUGGCGAUGUGGCAAGUGGGGCGGCAUUUUCUCUGGGCGCCGCCCCCUGUGCCAUUGCCUGGCUCUACAAGGGCAUACAGGAGCGGCGGCAGAAGAGCGGCGCUCGAUUCUCAGUGCGCGUUAGCGCUGUGGGCGUCAGUGCCACCAAACCGGAUGCACUCUCCACGGAUUUGCUCAUCUCGCAUGCGGCUGAAUCUGACGACUCCCCGGGGAUUUAUUUGCGUGACGACUUCCUUGGCGGUCCAACGGAACUACGUGCACCCACCGCGGAGCGUGCGGCGCUUUUCCUCGACUCUGCUCUGGCCGGACGCUUAAAAAGUUCCGGUUCUACUUCCACGGCCCCCUUGGAGUCCGCCCUCAUCUUUACGCUGCAUGUCUACCAGUACAGCUUGUCCCGCAAGGGGGGUGUGGCUGGCGGUCGGAGCCGUUUACAUAUCAUCGACUUGGGCGGCUGUGCCAAUCGCAGCGGGGGCUUACCCCUGUCGGGCAUCGGCAACAUACUGCUGGCCAUAUUAUCGGGUCAGAGGCAUCCGCCGCACAAGGACCACCCACUGACGCCACUGCUCAAGGACUGCCUGGCGCCCAUCACCUGCCACGUGGCGAUUGUGGCCCAUGUCCUGCACGACCAGAGCUACCAGGAUGCCCUCUCCACCAUCCAGAUUGCCUCGCGCAUCCAUCGCCUGCGACGCCGCAAGCACCGCGUGCCCAUGCCCCUGGCCGUGGGCCUCGCCCAAGGCCUCAGCGGCGGCUCCUCAGCUGGCUCUGGUGCGGAUCCUUCCAGCUCUGAAAUCUCCGCCGAUACGGUCAUCUAUAUGGGACCCAAUGACGAUGCCACCGACGGGGAACAUCCGCCUGUGUAUCUGCCAUCGCUCAGUGCAGGCGACAAUCGCGCCAUAAUGAGCAAGGCCCUCAAGGGCAGUGGCCUGGAGAAGCCGCCAACGCAGAUGAAGGCGGGUCUGUCCAGUCCCAUGAUGAUGAAGAAGGCAAUGGCAGCAGCCGGGGAUAAGGUCAAAAAGCUGCCCGGAAAUAGUCCCAUGGGCAGCCUGAAACGUCAGGCAGGUGCAGGAGCUUGCUCCUCGCCUUUGGUGCCGCACGAGCAGCCGCAACUUGCACAUGGAUCGCCAAUACCCAUACCCAGACAUAUGGUGUCCAAGGGCUCCAAUGUGCCAUCGCCCAAGGGCUCUCCUCUACGCAGAGCGCAUGCUGGAGCACAUCCAGGCGCAGCCUUGGAACAACUUGAAGCUGGCAUGAGAAAGAUUACGGAGGAGCAGUGGAUCGAUGGACCACGUGUAUCCAGAGCCAAGGUGGCGGAGGCGCGGCAUCUGAUGCGCGAAGUGAAUCACGUAAAGCAGUGCGAAACGUGGGUGGAUGGACCCAAAUCUCUGUCCUGUCGAUCCCUUACAGCGGGAAAUCUGCCGGCAACUGGUGCCCAAACGCAGGGCUAUGGCUUCAUGGACUCGCACAAAAAGACCAUGAUCCGGCAGUGGGUGGAGACGCAAACGUCGCAGGUCUUCCAGUGUCCAGCCACGGCAUCGGCAAGCAAUUCCCCCACGGCGCUGCAUUGGAAGCUCUCGCAGCUGAAGCAGAAAUCCCUGGACCUACCCGAUAGACCCGCAUUCCUUCCCGAACAAUCGUUGGAUCUGCCACAGCAGUGCCACGAGAGUUUGCCCCAGGACAUGGCGCUGCCGCCGGAUGGCGAUGAGGAUCAGGAUAGCGGUCCCUCGGAGGUGCCACCCGCUCUGCCGCUGUUCGACGAUCCAUUGGGCUCCAGGGACAUCUCGCACGACAGCCUGCAUCGCAUGCUCUCGCGACACGUGUCAAGGGAACAGCUGCACGAAGCUGAUAGUCGCGCUUCCUCCUCGCAUCAUCAUCAGCAACAUCAUCGUCCCUCCUCACAGCGCAGCAUCGAUUGUGGUCUGCAGGUGACAGAGGAGGAGAUUGCACGCACCAUGGCCAUGAGGGAACAUGAGCAUUCAAUGCAUCCACUUUCGGCUCUGAGCCACUGCGAUAAUCUCUCCUUUGUGUCCAGCUUCAAUAUGGCUUGUGAGUCGUUCAGCGAGUGCGGCGAGAGAGCAAGACAUCAGUUCGAUCAACUGGCACGCCUCCACGAGAUCUUCACCUCCCAACUGGCCAUGGCCGAGGUCACGCCCUCCGCCGCGCUCUUCCGCACGGACGUGAGCAGCGUGUUCAGCGAGCCCGUGUUCCGCUUCAAUGUGGGUCAGAGCAGCGUCUGCAGCGAGCCCGCCUACCGCCUGACACCGAGUCCGCCCAAGCAGCCGUCGCACAGCCCCAGCCAGGGAUCGCUGCCGAGUCUGAAUGGCAUCAUGGAGAUUGCGGGCAUGGACGACUACGCCUUGCUGCGCCAGCCGGACGGCGCCUCCGAUCCGAGUCUGCCCAAAAGCGAGAAACGUUUCGCCCCGCAGCACGAUGACAUCUGCGAGCUGGACGAGAAGGCCAUGGCUGCGGCGGUGGGUAAACGAAACUCCUUGGAGGAUGCCCAGCAUAAGCUCAAUGAGAUUACGAAUAUCCUGCCGCUGGCGGCACAGUCGAGGCUGCCACUGCUGCCGCUGAACACCAGCUCCGAGGCGUACGACAGCGGCCAUGAUUCCAACUCCACGCCGCGGACAUCGAAGCACUCGGGCAUCUCGCGGCGGGCGGAGAGCGGCUACCACAGUGUGGCCACAGUGCGGGACUCGGACGAGAGCAGCUUCGCCUCGGGCAUGUCCAAGGGACAGCGACAUCGCAUCACCAUAUCAGGCGGGGGAGUAACAGCUGCUGGAGGAGGCGCCUGCACGGGUAACUAUCAGCGGCAUGUCCAUGGUGGCGGCCACAAGAAGCAUCGGCAUCGCCAUGAGGGCAACAAGGGCCUCUGCAACUGGCUGCUCACACCCUUCUCCUGCACAUAUCCAGAGACUGAGGGUGAAAUCAGUGAUUUCUAGGAAGCAGAGCAGCAGCAGCAGCAACAGGAGAAUGAGGACCAGUCCAAUCACCCACCAAAAGGAAACCAGAGCUAAGUCCAGCAUUCAAAUGGCCAAAAAAAAAACA